AUGUCUGGUGCUAUCUGGAAUCUGGUAGGCAAGCGAGUUCUUGCUGAAUCUGCAAGGAAUCGUUUUGGAACCGAGGAUCCUUACUUUGAGGAAGUACCUGCUUCACGCCUUGGUCGUACCUUUGGCAAGAAAUCCACCAAACGUCGCAAAGCCGUCCCUCCAGGAUUAUCAGAGCAUGAUGCCAAGGUUCUCACACAGGUCAAACGCAGAGCUUAUCGACUCGAUUACUGUUUGUUCAAUCUGUGUGGUGUUCGCUUUGGUUGGAGCAGUGUGAUUGGGCUUGUUCCAUUCAUUGGUGAUGCAGGUGAUGCUGCCCUCGCCAUGAUGGUUGUAAGGACAUGCGAGGGAAUUGAGGGUGGUCUUCCACCGCGCUUGCGCAUGAUGAUGUUGGUCAAUGUGAUCAUUGACUUUGUCAUUGGCCUCGUUCCCUUCAUUGGUGAUAUCGCCGAUGCCGUAUACAAGUGCAAUACUCGAAACGCCGUCAUUCUCGAGAAGCAUUUGCGUGAAAAGGGCGCUAAGGCACUCAAAGGCCAGGUACAGCCACGAGAGCAGAAGACUAUCGACCACAGUCUUCCCGAUGAAUUUGACAAACAGGAGAAUGGUAUUUUGGACAAUUCACGGCCAGAACAUAACAACCAGCAGCCCGUUCGUCCAGCUAAGUCCCGGCCUAACCGCUCUAACAGGUGGUUUGGUGGAGCCAGCCCGCAAGACGAAGACCUGGAGCGUGGGCCAUGA